UCAACAAUAUUUUAUCAUGGGAAAUUACGUUUUGACUUUUGUUUGUUUGCAUAAAAUAAAAAUAUUCAAUUUUUCCUUCAUUUCAGAUACUUUUCGUCAACAUCGAAGGUCUUCAAUCACAAUGAAUGACAGUGACUUUGUGGAGGCACAGGAUGUGCCAAGAGAUGAGAGUCUGGCCAAGGUGGAGAUCGCGCUGCUCAGUGUCGUCUUCGUGAGCGCCGCCGUCCUCAACACCAGCCUGCUGCUCGUCCUGUGGAAACAGCGCAAACAGAUGUCCAGAAUGCGCGUCUUCGUGUUCCACCUGUGCCUGGCGGACCUGGUGGUCACUUUCUUCCAGGUGUGUCCGCAGCUUUUGUGGGACAUCACAGACAGGUUCGUCGGACCGGACUUGGUGUGCCGACUUGUGAAAUAUUUGCAAGUUCUCGGCAUGUUUUCAUCGACCUACAUGAUCGUGGUGAUGACAGUUGACAGGUACCAGGCUAUCUGCAACCCGAUGGUAAAGUUUCAGCGGACACGCACGAGACUAAAUGUCCCCGUGUGCGUUGCGUGGGGGAUUUCUCUGCUGGGCAGCUUGCCUCAGGUCUUCAUUUUCUCACAGGUGGAGGUUACACCGGGUGUGUUUGAUUGCUGGGCUACAUUUAUCCAGCCAUGGGGGCUGCAGACUUACAUCACCUGGACCACGCUGGUCAUUUUUGUUUUACCCGUUAUCACAGUUGUUGUUUGCCAAGUCCGCAUCUGCCGAGUCAUCCAGAUCAACAUCUACCAAAAGACUCAGCAGAAAGGAACGGUGGGUUUGCCAUCCAGAGCCAGCGGUGUGGCUGGCAUGUCGAAGGCUAGAGUGAAAACACUGAAGAUGACGGUGGUCAUAGUACUCGCUUAUAUUGUCUGCUGGGCUCCGUUUUUCACUGUCCAGCUGUGGUCCGCGUGGGACAAGCAGGCGCCUAAAGAAACUGCUACUUUCACCAUCCUGAUGUUGCUUGCCAGCCUGAACAGCUGCGCGAAUCCCUGCAUUUACCUUUUGUUCAGCGGUCAGGUUCCCAAGAGGCUGGUGUCGCUCCUGUGCAGGAGGCAUUCAGGCGGAAAGGACUCAGUGCACGAGGAAGCGACGCUGGUCAGCACUUUGUAUCUAAGCUUAAAAAAUCCCCCCGAGUCCAAGUGAAGGUAGCGCAUUACUAAAAAUGGGAAACUCCUGCAGGGCAAACCGUGCAAAGUCUGCGCGCCUGGAUAUGCUGCCUCUCUGAAUUUUAGCAACCGUUUCAAAGGGUGAAGGCAACGCAUGCUGUAUGUUAUUUGGCACAUAAAAAGAUAUAGUGUGUAGUAAAAAGCAGCCAACAAAGGCGAGAGAGUGAGAACAACAUGCUGUUGGAUAACAGCAUCUGGAGAGACUAAACAACUGGUGUGGAUCAUCAAGCUGUUUGGAUAAAUCUUUUUACUUUGAGAAAUAAAAUGUUCAUCCCAUUUAGUGGUACCUGAAUGAGCCAGUCUUUUCAGCCAGAUUGGAUUCAGCUGUAUAGUGUUUUGCAUACUGCCAUAUAUAGAAACAUUCCUUGAGUUGAUUUCACCAAUCUAAAGUAAAUAAAAUCUAUUCAUAGCUUUCCAAACGAAAGAAUAAAAGCAAGCAUAUGUGUUUCACUGAUGUAACAGAGAGGAAAUAGAGGCACACUUUAUGUUGGAACAAACUGUAUUUAAAGAUUGUGAAAUAUGUUUGUCAGCCCUUUAAAUGUUUCUAUGGUGAAAACCUACUCACUGUUCACAAAAUCACACACCAGGUGCUUGUAUUUUGUAAAAUACUGUUCAUGCCAUGAACA